UUGGGAUUCAUCCAAUCAGCGUUCUCCGCGGCCGUUGUUCAAAAACACAUGAAGAGCUCGCUGGUUUAACGGCGUCACAGCGCUGCACACAAGCUGAAAACCUGCGGAAAUAAGCUACGACGGAUUAAAAGGGCAUCAAAACUUUGUCAACAAUGGCAGAAGGGGGAGAUGUGGAUUGGGAGCUCAGCAAAGAAAACAUCCAGCCACUGAGGCGUGGCAGAGAUAUAUCAGCUUUACAUCAAGCCCUUAGCCAACGAGAAGAAGGACCCACCUCUGCAGUCAACCAGCAGAAACAGAUGUUUGAGUCUGAACUUCGAAUGUAUGAUGGAGAUGAUCCACUUAGCGUUUGGGAUAGGUAUAUUAAGUGGACAGAGCAAACCUUCCCUCAGGGAGGAAAAGAAAGCAACCUUGCAACAUUGUUGGAGCGGGCUGUGACCAGAUUCACAGAUGAAAAAAUGUACCACAAUGACCCUCGCUAUGUUGAACUCUGGAUCAAAUUUGGAGAGAACUGCCCAGACCCCCUCGACAUUUACAGGUAUAUGCAAGCGCAAGGAAUAGGAGUGACACAGGCGUCGCUCUACAUUGCUUGGUCGGAAGAGUACGAGAAUCAGGGCAAUUAUCAGAAAGCGGAUCUCGUCUAUCAGGAGGCGUUCAAGAAGUGUGCUGAGCCGCAUGAUAGGCUUCUUCAGUUUCACAAGGCUAUGCAGGCUCGUGUGUCCCGGCAGGUGUUAUUAAAAUUGGAAAAUGGCAGCAGUGAUGAGGAACCACAACAACCUGAAAGAGUUUCGCUAGCCCACCUCAAACAUAGAGGGAAGAAGAAGGCUGUCGCUCCUGUCAACAGGACUGGGACUGCAAUCAAGAGGGUUACUGGAGGCCUGCAGACACAUGGUGUUCCUGUCCUCGGCAACGUCUCAAACAGUCAACUGGUGAUUUUUGAUGAGAACAAAGCUGAAGCUGCUGGUCCCUCAGAACCUACUCUGGAGCCUUGGGUAGCUCCUCCCACAUCAAGGGCAAAAGAAAAUGAGCAGAAGCCCGCGAAAUGGUGUGAUGUGAAGAUGCCCCAGAAAACAAAAUUUGGACAUGCGGUCAUGCCUCCCCCACCUCCAAAGCCCACCUUCCAGCCAUUUGUUGAGGAGUCUGACCAGCCUCCGACAAUGACGCCGUGUAAGAUCAACCCGGCAGUGAACUCCGUUCUUUCAGCGCGGAAGCCGAGAACAGAAGAAACCCCUCUGAAAAGACUCCAAGAAUAUCAGCAGCAGCAUAAGAAAGCAGAAGCAGGAAAACUGCAGGAGCAGAGCAUGUACUGUAAAGAGCUGCUGCUCAGCGGCGCCACCGAAUUCUGCUUUGAGGAACUGCGAGCCGAACACUUCUUUAAAAAGAUGGCACAAGAGUCACAGAAGGCCGGAGGGGAGGGCUGUUAAGCUGCUGCUGCUAAUUGAUACUUUCAACUAAAGAAUUUGCCAUAAUUCUUGUAUCAUGUCGGAAUUGUUUAUGUAUAGUUUAUUUUUCUGGUGUAAAUAUUGUGUUUUUGGGGAGAAAAGUCUUUUCGAAAAACUUUUAAGUUCAGAACACCCCACUGUAGACGUGUAGUUACAAUCCUACACAUGAAAAUGCAAACUAAACAUUACGGUAAAAAUGAAAACAGGAGGAAUCACAGCAUUUUUAGAGUUUUUGAGACUGUCGAAUAUUCUUGUUUGUUCCUGCUUUCUUCUCUUGCUCUUCUUCCUUAUAAGCAUUUCUCUGUUCUUUAGAACUGACUUUUAUAUGUGCACAGCUUUUUAUUUUUUUACUUUUUUUGUGCGUUCAGUAUUUCUUAAAAGUUGUAUUGUGACGCUUCCAUGACACUCAAUUUUAGAUUCAGUGAAGCAGUAUGGCUGAUCUUUACUCACUGAUGUCUAAUAAACCUGUUAAAGCGGA